AUGUUAUUACUUGUUCUUUAUUUAAUUGAUAUGUUAGAUAUGAAACGUGAAAUCCAUUCACCAAAACUAUUUUAUCCAGCAGUUGGACGUCUUCAGAUCGCUUAUCGUUUAACAACAAAUGGAAAAUUUCAAGAAGCUGUUGAAAAAUUUCGUUCAAUAUUAUUAUCUGUUGCAUUAUGUAUUGUUGAAUCACGUCAAGAUAUUCUUGAGAGUCAACAAUUAACUGAAAUAUGUAAAGAAUACAUUACACGGAAAGUAUUAAGUGUUCGUGAAAAAAAUCCAAUUGAUGAACAUCCAUUAAAUUAUGAUGAAUAUAAUCCAUUUAAUAUUUGUGCAGCAUCCUAUGUACCACAUUUAUCGGUAAGAAAUUUAAAGAUGAAACCGAAUUUAAUUUAA